GGCGCUGUUACAGCCGGAGAAAAAAACAACAAUCCAAAUCACCGAGAGGCACCAUCACCCUCACCCUCACCAUCACCGCCGUCACCGAGCCCGUUAUCCGCGCUGGAUGACCGCGGACUGUCCGGAGAGGAGCCCGGAGCCCGGAGAGCAGCAGCGCGACUUCGCAACCUGUCAAUCAUCCCGUUAGGUCGGGGGCAACAGCGCACUCAGCGGAAAAGAUGUUUUCUUUCCAUCGAGAUGAUGUCUUCAGCUUCUUCUGUCGCAUUCCAUACUCCCUGCGACCUCAUGUUGGGAAUAGACGUCUAAACUAAACAUCUUAUACCUUCUGCAGCCAACACAGCAGUCCAGCAGACCCUGCCCCAUUGCCAACUUCUGGAGAUGAUGGACAGCCCUCCAAAGCUGACAGGAGAGACCCUGAUUGUACACCAUAUACCUCUGGUCCACUGCCAGGUGUCAGGAUCGCAGCGGUGCUGUGGGAGUCCGCUGAGGAGAGGCAGCAACCCAUUCAGCUGCCCAGAGAACCUUGGCCUGAGCCGCACCACCUCGCUGCCCGAGAGAGAUGUCCUCCAGCGGGAGGCACUGGUCUACAGCAGCCUAAUCCAGACCUCCAGCUCCAGGGAUGCCUUUGAGGAUGAAGAGCUAAGGGGAGAUGAUAAAAAACGGGGAGGAGAUGGAGGUGGAGGGAGAGGCGGAAGCAUGGCUAGUGACACGUCCUCUUUCACGUCCAGCAAUUCCGAAGAUCCACCUUCUCAGGUCCUGCCAACAAAGUCAAUCCGCCGCAAUCCCUUCCUUCUGGAUGCAGAGGAUGAAGAUUACGAAGAGGAUGAGGAUGAUGAUGGCCAUAACCUGAAUGGAUACUUAGAGGAUUCUUCGUUCCACUUGCAUGGGAACUCAAAUGGGACCUUGGAAAAUGGCACAGACUUGACCCCUUUCCAUCUACAUGAGCUUGGCUAUGCUUCCGGGCCGUUCCACUUGCAUGAAUCUUUAGAGAAACCCUGGUGUUCUAACAGCCAAAGGGGGGCACCAGGAAGUAGAGCAGCUUUCGAUUUUUCCACUCGUCUUGAGGGCCUGGACUUGCUGGGACUGGACGGCCAGCGUCGUCACGGCAGCAGUGGUUCCACGCUUUCAAUGGACUGUGGAGAGCAGGAGUGGGGUGAGGAUGACGAUGACGAUGAUCAGUCGAUGCAAGGAGGUCGAGGAAGCUCAGAUUGUUCCAGUUCAAUAGCGCAGCGCUGCUCCUGCUGUGGCCUGUCCCAGCCAUAUCCCGAACCAUUUUCCGAGCCGUUUUCUGACUGCCCGCUGGGCUAUGCCAGUGAUUCUUCCUGCAACAGCUCGGAUGGUGUUCUGGUCAACUUCAGCACCAUCUACAAUAAGCUGAACAAUGGUGUCCCCGCCAAGCAGGCAGUCAAUCUCAACAACUCGGGAGAACAGUCCUGCACCUCAUCUGUGUCUGAGCCUGGUCCUGGAAUGGGCGGAACCGAGUUUAGCAGUGGGGGUGGGGCUUUUUACCUAGACUUGCACAGGUCUCCAACAGAACCUCCCCAACCCUCACUGGCCACCCAGGACACUGCAGCCCCUACCUGUUCCUCUUCUUGCCAAUACCCUGCCCAGCCACAAGGUGGCAACAUGGAGCUUGAUGCUAACUGCAACUCCUACCACAACCACCUGGGGCGCGAAGGGCUGCUGUCCUCUGAAACCUCUGCCAACGAUCUCGCUUCCUGUCUGCAGAGCCAAGCGCGGCUCGUCGUAGCCACUCAAAACUACUACAAGCUGGUGACCUGUGACAUCUCAUCGCAGUCAUCCCCGAGUCCUGCAGGGUCCUCGGUCACUAGCUGCUCCGAUGAACACAGCAAAGGAAGUCCUACUCAGCCCACUGAGUACUUCCUCUUCAGACGCACAAAAGAGGAAGAAGAAGAGGAGGAGGAGCAAACAGAAGACGCAGAUCUCACACAGCAGAGUAACGAGGAGACGGAGGCUGCUGUGGCUGAGACUGGCCCCACCCAGCCCAAUGUGAUUGAGGGACAGGUGUAUGUCAACAUCUCCCCGCCUAUGGGCGGAGCUUCGGCCGGGGCUCGCCUGCGCUCCCGCAGCUACGACCGCAACCUGAACAAGUCUCCACCUCCUCGGCUGGGCUCGCUGGAGCGGAUGCUGAGCUGCCCGGUCCGGCUGAGCGAGGGCACUGCCCCCAGCCCGCCACCUCCGCCCCGUGUCACCUCCUUCGCCGAAAUCGCGAGGAACAAGAGGCGAGGGGGCGGGGGCUCACCCUCGCAAAAGACCGCUGCCGCUGAGGCCUCAUCCUCUAGCCACUCGCACUCGUCCUCUGGAGAGUUCUCGCCCAUCUUCGAGGACCUGCCCGAGGCGCAGAGACACAGCCUGCCCCCCCUCACGCGAUGCUACAGCCAGGGCAGCUGCGACACCACCUCCCCCCACAGACUCUGGAGUGGACCGCUCACAGACUCUCCAGGGGGAGCGGGCAGAGAGGCGCGAACCAAAGCAGAAGGUGGUCUUUCCAGUUCUACAGACUCCUCCCCGGCCGUAGUCCGCUACAGUAAGGACCAGCGUCCGACCACGUUACCUAUACAGCCCUUCACCUUCCAGCACCAGUUUGGGAAGCCCCAGGCUAAACCUCUGCUCCCCCUGCUGGACGAGUACAUCAAUCACAUGCAGGCUCGUGGGGCUUCUGCUCCGGAGGGAGGCGAGGAAGACCCUGAGGAAGAUCGUGGGAGACCCCAAGCCACAUCUGCCGCAAUCAGGCCGUCUCCACUGGGCAGCUAUUCUCCUGUCCGCCUGCAGGGAGCGCCCAGCUGCUCUGGAAGCUGCUCCACAUGCUCCCCGACACCGGAGCGAUGUCCACGGCCACCGCGUUCCCUCUCUUGCCCAACGUCCGCCAGCCUGAUGGCCCACCACACCCCACCGGGUGCUCCCAAACUCACCCCGCUGCCACCAACCCCACCUCCUGUCCCUCUGGUGAAGCAAAGCCCUCUAAUAAGCCCUCUGACCACCAGAGGGCACUGUUUUCACCGCCCGGGUCUGACUACAUUACCCACGCUGCCCAGCUCAGGGCUCAGUCCAAUGGGGCAGCUGGAGCCGGCGCUGCGAGAGGAGGAGGUGAAAGUGCUUCCUGCCUGUUUAGCACAGAGACAGCAUAACGCGCACCACCUCUCUCCGCAGGCUCUGAAAUGGAGAGAAUACAGGCGUAAGAACCCUCUGGGUGUGGAGAGGUGUAGAGACUCCUCCUCUUCUUCUCCUUCUUCCUCCUCUAACGCUCUGACCAUCAGGAGGCCCGGCCCGCGCAUCCUGCGCCGCAACGUCUUCGACUUCCCCCCGUCUGGUCACUCGCUCAGCUUCGGCAGACUCAACGGGCAGUCAGUGAGGCAGCUGCAGCAGUACUACAGCGACUUCCUGCCCGAUUAUUUCUCCCAAACCGAGCGGCCGCCGGAGGAGUUCUGCCUGUCUCCUGACGCCACCAGCGAAGAGUCCAUCUCCAUCGACCUGCAGCAGAAGAGAGGACUGGUGAAGGCCAUAAACACAGCAGUGGACCUGAUCGUGGCUCAUUUUGGCACCAGUCGGGAUCCAGGAGUGAAGGCUAAGCUGGGGAACAGUUCAGUGAGCCCUAAUGUGGGUCACCUCAUCCUGAAGUAUCUCUGUCCGGCCGUGCGGGACGUCCUGCAGGACGGCCUCAGAGCGUACGUUCUGGACAUCAUCAUCGGCCAGCGCCGCAACCAGCCCUGGAGCGUGGUGGAGGCGUCCACACAGCUGGGUCCCUCUACGCGUGUGCUGCACAAUCUCUUCACUAAAGUCAGUCAGUACUCUGAACUGACCAAUCACAGCAUGAGGCUCAACGCUUUCAUCUUCGGCCUGUUAAACUUGCGAUCGCUGGAAUUCUGGUUUAACCACAUGUACACGCAUGAAGACAUUAUAGCUGCCCACUAUCACCCGUGGGGUUUCCUGCCCCUGUCCCAAGGGGCGUGUCAGCCGAUGUUUGAGGAGCUGCUGCUCCUCCUUCAGCCGCUGUCGCUGCUGCCCUUUGAUCUUGACCUCCUGUUUGAGCCUCACCAGCUUCAGAAAGGUCAGGAGCACCUGAGACGCAAGGAGCAGCUGUGCUCCGCCCGCCACAGCCUCGACCAAUCAGCUCGCUCCACCUUCCAGCUCAUGAGGGGCUGCGGAACAUUGGGGGCGGAGCCUGCACACACAGGGGUGGAGGCUAAACCAGAUGGGGUGGGGACUCAGAGAGACAGGUUUGUGCUGAGGAGAGAGGGGACGUGGCCUAGGAUGGAGGGGGUGGGGCCUAAGAGGCAAGUGCAGAGGAGUGAAGGAGCAGGUAGUGAAUCGUUGGAAGAGGGGGCGGGGCUAAUGCUGAACGCAGGUAGAAGGAGCGAGGGAAGUCGAAUGGAAGGAGGAGAGAGGAGUGCAGACAGGAUGAAAGGAGUAGGAGGGGAGGAUGGAGAGAGGGAGAGGAGGAGAGAGAGAGACGGGGAUUCGGCCAGGCUGAAGAGUAAGCAGGCCGGCUGGUGGUUCCAGCUGAUGCAGAGCUCACAGGUGUACAUCGACAACUCGGCCGAGGGCUCCAAGUUCGUCAAGUGGGAGAAGAGGAAGAAGGGAGGGGCCGAGGGGCGGAGACAGAGCCACCCUCCCCCCAGAGAGGGCGUGGUCGAGGGAGCCGAGGCCAGUCAUGAGGUGGAUGAACGGCUGGACCUACAACGGAUCAGAUUAAGCAGCGGCGCAGGGCGUAGCGCCGGAAACGGAGCUUUCGACCAAUCAGGGCCUACGUCAGGUCCUCCCUCAGAACCGCCCCGAGCGUGUAAAGGGAAGCCGUCGUGGAUGGGCAGUCCUCCGGAGUCAGUGCUGACCGAGCUGAAGAGGAGUAAGGAGAGGCAGCCGGACGGUCAGGACCCCCCGGGAGGAGCGCAGGGUCAGCCCGGAGCGGCGGCGGACGCCUCACCUCAGAACCUGCGCUGGGGUCGGCUGUUCGGAGCCGGGAACGCUGGCAGGACGGAAAAGCCUGAGCAGAAAUCAGCCAAGAACCAGAAGGGCAGGUUGCCGUCCGGCUGGCUGAGUCUGGACUGCUCUGUUUUGGAUCUGGUGGUCCAGUCGGUGGGGGUGGGGAAACGGGCUGAGCCUCACAGUGCCACCACCCACAGUCCUGAUACUCAAAACACAUGCAGCUCCACACAGGACACGCCCGUUCACCCUGACGCUAAAUGUGAGGUGAGGGCACUCUGCCACCACAUCGCCACGGAAACAGGCCACCUGAGCUUCCAUAAGGGCGACGUGCUGCAGGUGCUGGGCAGGGCUGAUUCUGAUUGGCUGCUGUGUGCUUUGGGCGACACCCAGGGUCUCGUGCCCAUAAUCUACGUCACCCUGAACAGCAAGGAGAGCCGGGGGUCUCAGGGACCACAGUGAACACUAAGCCCGUGAUCACACACGGCUCACUCGUGCACGGAUUUGGGGGCCGAAAUGACCCCAUGUGAACACGUGCACACCUACAUACACGUACAGAGUGGGAGUAGAAGGGAAUAUUACUGUAGAGUAUUGUUUAUUGGGGGGAAUCAAUAUUUGUCCAGUUCUAAUUGUUUAUCUACGUGCCUGACUUUUUGUCCAGUCUACAGGAGUAAAUCUCGGCUCUUUCGAAGGGACAGUUCAGACAAACGGAGCGAAUGGCUAACGUGGUACCCACUAUAAGGCAGCGUUCACGAGGACGUUUUGGUUUCCAUUAAAAAGACCUAUUGGUUGGUUUCAGCGUGCAGUUAGCAGGGAUUAGCCUCUCCCACAUCCUGCUCUACUUUAGUGUGACUAAUUAGGCUAAUGUCGCUAACAAAUAGUAGAACUCAGUAAUCACCCAAACAGUCAAAAUCAGAUCGGUGCAGUUAAGUAAUACUUUUUUAAUCCAACAAACGGGGAAAUUCCACCCCCAUCCGUGAAGUGAAACACCACAUACACACUAGUGAAUACACACACACACACACACACACACACUAGGGGGCAGUGAGCACACUUGC